AUGUCCAUCCACUUCAGCUCCCAGGUCUUCAGCUCGCGCUCCUCCGCCUUCCCGGGGCGCGGCACCCAGGUGCGCCUGAACUCGGUGCGCCCCGGCGGCUUCGGCGGCAGCAGCAGCAGCCUCUACGGCCUUGGCGCCUCGCGGCCGCGCGUGGCCGCGCGCUCAUCCUACGGGGGCCCAGUGGGCGCCGGCAUCCGCGAGGUCACCAUCAACCAGAGCCUGCUGACCCCGCUGCAGGUGAACAUCGACCCCUCCAUCCAGCAGGUGCGCCAGGAGGAGCGCGAGCAGAUCAAGACCCUGAACAACAAGUUCGCCUCCUUCAUCGACAAGGUGCGGUUUCUGGAGCAGCAGAACAAACUGCUGGAGACCAAGUGGGCACUGCUGCAGGAGCAGAAGUCGACCAAGAGGAGCUGCCUCCCGGGCAUCUUUGAGGCCCAGACUGCUGGCCUGCGGAAGCAGCUUGAGGCCCUGCAGCUGGACGGGGGCCGCCUGGAGGUGGAGCUUCGGAACAUGCAGGACGUCGUGGAAGACUUCAAGAACAAGUAUGAAGACGAAAUUAACCGUCACACGUCUGCUGAGAAUGAGUUUGUAGUGCUGAAGAAGGAUGUGGAUGUCGCCUACAUGAACAAGGUGGAGUUGGAGGCUAAGGUGGACACCCUGAAGGAUGAGAUCAACUUCCUCAGGACCCUCUAUGAGGAGGAGUUGAAAGAGCUGCAGUCCAAGGUCUCAGACACGUCUGUGGUCCUGUCCAUGGACAACAGCCGCUCCCUGGACCUGGACGGCAUCAUCGCCGAGGUCAAGGCCCAGUAUGAGGAGAUCGCCAACCGCAGCCGGGCUGAGGCCGAGGCCUCGUACCAGACCAAGUUUGAGACCCUCCAGGCCCAGGCUGGGAAGCAUGGGGACGACCUCCGGCGUAGCCGGAAUGAGAUCGCGGAGCUGAACCGGGCCAUCCAGAGGCUGCAGGCUGAGAUCGACAACAGCAAGAACCAGCGUGCCAAGUUGGAGGCUGCCAUCUCCGAGGCCGAGGAGCGUGGGGAGCUGGCUGUCAAGGAUGCACGGGCCAAGCUGGUGGACCUGGAGGAGGCCCUGCAGAAGGCCAAGCAGGACAUGGCCCGGCAGCUCCGGGAGUACCAGGAGCUCAUGAGCACCAAACUGGCCCUGGACAUCGAGAUCGCCACCUACCGCAAGCUGCUGGAGGGCGAGGAGAGCAGGAUGACCGGAGCUGGAGUGGGAGCCGUGAACAUCUCUGUGGUCGGUUCCACGGGCGGUGCUGGCAGCCGGCUGACCUUCGGGGGAACCAUGGGCAGCGAUGCCCUGAGAUUCUCCAGUGGUGGAGGGCCUGGGGCCCCCAAGGCCUAUUCCAUUAGGACCACAUCUGCCCCCGGCAGGCGCACCCGCAACUGAGCCUCUGGUGUGGGGAGACACAUACCCUCUCCUCCCAUCGUCACAAGAGGACCUCCAUCCCUGGUCCCAUCCCUGGUCCCAAGACUGCAAGGCAGUCUGAAAAAUGAUGUCAGAAUAGCUUCCAAUAAAGCAGCUGCUUUCUGAGGCUUGG